AUGGCGGCCCGGUCGGAAAUUUCGCCUUCACAUUCAUCAAUCUCGUCGGCUAACGAGACACGGCUCACCGCAACCCUACCGCAGCCACAGCCAAGCGCACAGCAAGGGUCGCACCCAGAUGCAGCACGAUCGCGAGGUGCAUCAGUGCGACAUCAGCAAUCCCCGCAAUUGAUUCGUCCCGUCCGUGGAGCCGCCGCGGACAUUCCGAGUACCGGUGCCGGGAGUUCAAGCUAUCCACACGGUCGGACACGGGCCCGGGCCGCCCGUAGUCGCAGCUUCUGGCCGAGGACAAGUCGGCGCACCCGGCCGUCGUCGACUGCUGCUCGCAGAGCUUACUCCAUUGCGAGGCUCCCCGCGGGCCGCUCAUACCCAGUCGCUGCUCGCGAGGCUCGCCGGGCCAGGCUGGCCUCGCUGCCGCGCCUUCUCAUGUCUGACUCUCAGGCGGAGGAGACCAGCCAAGCGUCGUCUCCGAGCUGUGAGAGCUCAGCCGCCCCAACACCAUCCUCGACCACCUCACCAGGGCAGGCCUCGAGCAGCGCCACCCGGGUUCGCGUCAGCGGGGGGCGCAACGGACCGCGGUCGCGCAAGGGCUGCUGGACGUGCCGCACGAAAAAGGUCAAGUGCGACGAGACGCGGCCGAAAUGCCUGCGCUGCAUCCGCCUCCGACUCUUUUGCGACUACGAGCCCCGUGACAAGCGUCCGUCUUGCGACGAAUCUCCAGAUGGAAGCUCGUCCGGGCAGUACUCCUCGCACCGCGCGCUGAUCACCAGCCAGCCGUGGCUUCUUCAGGUUGCGCCGUGGCGGCGUGCGGCAACUGUGCCGAUGCACAUGCCCGUCUUUGACACGGCGGCAAACUCGCUAAAACUGACGUCCUUGGACCACGAGGCCAUCCGCUACUACCGCACGACAUUCUCUCAGCGGCAUUCCACAAAGAACACCGACUUUUCCGUCUUUUCCAUCAUCUUUACGCUGGCCGAACGGGACCCCCUGGUGAUGCGCGGCUUGCUGGCGCUGGGUACGCGCAACAUGCACCAAGGGAAAAUAGCGUCGCGUGAAGACCAAGAGGCCCCAGCUGGCUGGUCAGGCCUGGGCCAUUACUCGGCUGCCCUGCGCAUGAUGGCAGACACGAUAAGCGCCGGCGAGAAUAGCUUCAUAGACCUGGACGUUGCGCUGGCGGCCAUCUAUCUCAUGCUCAUGUAUGAGCAAAAGUUUGGCGAUGCUGCGUACUCUGGAUGGACAAAUCAUCUCAAAGGGGCUGCUCUGCUGAUACAAGAGCGAUGCAGCGACUGGCCUGCGCAGCUGGCGAAGCCCCCAAGAGGAAGAGCAUCAUCAUCGUCAUCGUCACUAUCAAACGAUACAGCGCUAUCUACUACCCAGACGCCACCGCUGUCUGUGUUUGCUGCGCGCAUGCUCGUGUACUUUGCUUUCAUGGACGGGUUCGGGUCUACAUUUGGGCUGGGCGGCGAGGUCAAUCGAGUCAUGCACAGAAUUGUACUGGCCCACGACCCUGACAUUGUGCUGACAGAGGCCUUUACCAAGCUACAUCGUUAUUCAGACGGCCUGUACAGGGCCGUAUUCCGGCAAAACUACCCAGCGAAUGAGAUGCUAGCGGAUGUCGCAAAUCAGCACAUCACCGACAUGUGGCAAGCUUGCUGCGGCUUGCGAUACCUGGUUGCCGACAUUUCCAGCUACGAAGGUGAUGCGGCUCGGCAUCGUCUGGCCGUGGUACAAGAGUCUGCCGACUACCUUGCCGAAAAAUAUCCAGAACUCGUCGCUUUGGCCACAGAGAUGACACCCGAUGCGGAUGUCCCUGACAUGGUGGCCACCAACUUUCGCGCCUUCAUGCCGCUUUAUUUCUCCAGCUUGCUCGAGAUGCAUCUGUUACGGUGCGAGCUGGAACCACACGUAAUGACUGCCGAUGAGAAGAAAACAACUACCGCGACCUACAUUGCCGUCAUAAUGAACCUCGCACAUCAGAUCUACAAGCACGUUGGCCUUGAGCUUCUGCAUCUCAUCACGUAUCCGCUAUUCCUCGUAGCGCUGCAGACAGACUCGGAUUCGACGCGCGAUUGGAUUCUGGCGCGGUUCCAGGAUCUGACGGCCUUUGGACCAAAUAUCGAAAGAGCGCACAACUUUUUGCGAAUGGCGCUGCAGAAGCAACAAGAAACAGGCGAAAAGAUUAAUGUGCGCAACGAGUUUAAAACUGGCAAACUACCGGUGUUUGUGGUGUAG